UUGUUGUUUUUUAAUUCAGUGCAUGUAUUUGGCCUGUUAUUUGUUCUCUGAGAGAAUGGGGUUCUUGUAUAACGGAAACUUUGUUGUUUUCUUUCUUUUUUUCAAACAGUAACUCGGCCCCUCCCACUCCUCGCUGCUACGUCACACCCUCCUUCGUCCAAUCGCGAUCCUCCCCUCACAUUUUGCCCCUUCCACCCUAUAAGAGCUCCAAAAGUUCGUCCUGAUCCGACCAAGAAAAAAAACCCCACCGUGGCGCACGGGGCCACAGCGCGAGCCCUGCGCGAGACCCUCAGAAAGCUUCUCCACCAAGGGGACACCCGGACCGCCUAGCCGCUCCACCCCCCCCCACCCUGUUCGCCCAGCCAGCGAUGUUCGACGAAGAGACGACAGCGCGCGAGGAGUCGAGUUCUCCAGCAUCGCCCGUCGACAGCCUUGGCAACAGCGAGGAGGAGGCUGACGUGAGGCAACCGAAGCGCGGGGGCGCGCGGAAGAGGCGCGCGAGCGCGAGAAGCGGCGGCAGUCCGGCUGCGCCGGGCAAGCGGGGCAAACGGAGCGGAGGCAGCGCGAGCGGAGGCGGCAGCAGCCCGCAGUCCUUCGAGGAGCUGCAGACGCAGCGCGUGAUGGCCAACGUGCGCGAGCGGCAGCGCACGCAGUCGCUGAACGAGGCGUUCGCCUCGCUGCGCAAGAUCAUCCCCACGCUGCCCUCGGACAAGCUGAGCAAGAUCCAGACGCUCAAGCUCGCCGCGCGCUACAUCACCUUCCUCUGCCAGGUGCUGCAGAGCGACGAGCUCGACUCCAAGGUGGCCAGCUGCAGCUACGUGGCGCACGAGCGCCUCAGCUACGCCUUCUCCGUGUGGCGCAUGGAGGGCGCGUGGUCCAUGUCAACAUCGCACUAGCGGCGCCCGCGUGGACC